AUGUCCCACAGCUCAGACGAUAUAUCUGACGCCGACAUCCCGGUCCUCAUACAGCAUUCACCUCCUCCGAUCCCCGAGUCCCAGAAGGACUCUCGGCGUGUUCCAUUGACCAUCAUCUCAGGCUUCCUCGGUGCAGGCAAGUCCACGCUUCUCAAACGCAUCCUCUCAGAGAACCAUGGCUAUCGGAUAGCCGUCAUCAUGAAUGAGUUUGCAGACACCGCCGACAUCGAAUCGCGAGCCAUCAAUAUAUCCUCCGAUGCAGACCCCACAGCCGAAAUGACGGAGGAAUUCCUCGAGCUCGCCAACGGCUGUCUCUGCUGCAGCAUCAAGGACAGCGGCGUCGCCGCGAUCGAGAACCUCAUGCGCCGCCGCGGCGCGUUCGACUACAUCUUACUAGAGACGACCGGUCUCGCCGACCCGGGCCCCAUCGCGUCCAUGUUUUGGCAGAACGAGGAUUUCUCCCACGGGCUUGGCACGGAAAUCAUGCUCGACGGGGUCGUAUGCGUCGUAGACGCCGUCUUUGGUCAACAGCAAAUGGAAGAAGACCAUGCGUCCAACGGUAUCGGCGAGAGUCUACGGCAGAUCGCCGCCGCAGACGUGAUUCUGCUCAACAAGGCCGACCUCGCGUCGCCAGAGUCGCUCAAUGCGACCGAGCGCCUGCUGUGCGGGAUCAACCCCGCCGCGAGCGUGCACCGCACCGUGCGCGGCGCCGUCGACCUGCGGCAUAUCGUCGGCAUCGCCGCGUACGCAUCCGGACCGCUCCUGCAGAAGCCCCAGCACACCACUGGGCGCCUCCAUGAGCAUGAAGACGGCGGUCACGACCACCACGACGAGCACGGCCACGAUCACGAUCACGACCACGCGCACGCGCACGCUACGCACUACGAGAUGCGCGGGAUCACGAGUCUGCAGGUGACCUGCCCAGUCCUCACCCCCGCCCAGCACUCUAGACUCGACGAGUGGAUCCGCACCGUGCUCUGGGAAAACUGCCUGCCGUGGUCCGCGUCCACCGGCGCGCUGCUGGAGGUGCUCCGGUGCAAGGGCAUGUUCACCUCGGACACGGGGCAGUGCUAUGUGCUCCAGGGCGUGCGCAGCAUGUACGAGAUCACGGCGCUCGAGGAGGGUGGCGGCGCGGACGACGUGAGCGGCGCCGAGGUAGGGAAGCUCGUGUUCAUCGGCAAGGGUCUCGACGACGCCGUGCGCGCGAGCCUCCAGGAGGUGUUUGCGUGAGCCGUGUGAGCCGUGUGUGUGUAGGUCGGCCGCGGGCACGCUCGCGGUCGUGGUACGAUCGGAAUCGUCUGCGCGUGAACACGGCCAUGUACUGACGGCGUAUUUUUUGUGUUGGUCAUCUGUACGCGACGAUGUGCUGCAUUCUCUCAUAUACAGGCGCGUCUUUGCAGUUU